GCUUAAACUUUGCCAAAACUCCACAAAACACAGAGUCCAGUGUGUGUCCGUGCUGUACACACACCACGACUGCAGCAGCAGCAGCAGCAGCAGCAGAACCGGGUUCUGUUCUCAUCAUGACUCUGCUGAGGUCCACGUGUGCCAUCACCACCAGAGCCUUGUUCAUCCUGGUGUGCAUGUGCGCAGUCUGGAGGGUGACCUCGGUGAAGGAAGAUCUCCUCUACUGGUUCCUGUUGCUGCUCCUCCUGCCCCUGGUCCUGGAGAUGAUUUUCACUCUGAAGAGGAGGCGAGGGGAAGAUUACAAAUGGUUUUCUCCGCCCAUUUUCCUGUUCCUCAUCAGUAUCGUUCCCUCCAUCUGGCUCCUGGAGCUUCAUCCACAGCAGCAGAUCGCCGCCAACAGGACUGAGUGCCGAAAACUGGACUCAUUUGAAAGUGUGCGAACAACCUUCAUGGUGAACACGACCUUUGGGAACUACAGCACCAGGCUGAAGGACGUGUCUCAGGCCAUUUCCACCGUCUGUUCUAACGACUGGAUCCUAGCUCUUCAUCAGAUUGUGCUCAUCCUCCUCAUUGUAGGAAAGUGGCUGCUCCCGCGGGGGGGCGGAGUCACACGUGAAGAGCUGUCACAGCUUCUCUUGAUUUUCAUUGGCACAGCUGCAGACAUCCUGGAGUUCACCAGUGAAACACUGUCAGACGUCAAGGAGAAGACUCCUCAGAUGGUCUACCUGGUCUUAGCUGUUUGGACCUGGAGCAUGCUUCAGUUCCCGUUCCAUCUGUCUGUGGUGAGCAACAAGUCAGAGAGUGAGGAUGAGCAGAGGAGCAGCUUCUUCACCAAACACAGCACUGACAUGUGGAACACCACAGAAGCCUUGUUCAUCCAGGACGGUCCGUUCCUGGUGGUGCGAGUCACCGCCAUGGUCUAUUGCAAAAUCUUUCACCAGAUGCUGGGAUUCUUCACCAUCAAGAACCUCCUGGUGGUCAUACUCAGCUUGUACAGGUUGGUGGUUCUCUGUCAGGACUACAGAGCUUCCAGCAGCAGCAGCAGAGACUUCACUGUUCCAUAACUGGGAUUGGUUGGAAUGAAAAAGAACUAUGUUGGACUAAAGGUUGGCGUACUGCUGGUGGAGCUCUGAACAUCAAGAAAUCUGACAAAUCCAACAAUAGAAGGCUUUUUAACAACUCAACCAAGGUAAAUAUUAGUGGCUUUAGAAGAACAAAGUGACAAAAACACAAAUAAUUUAGUUUCUCUGAGUACAGUAUUUUUUUAAAUUGAUCUUUGUA